AAGGAAUUUUUAUUAAUUAUAUUCAUUAAUUAUUUAAAAAAUCAUUGAUUACAAAUUUAAUUUGACAUUGGUGUGGAUAGUGACAAGUUAAUGAAGUUUUGUGAUUGAAUAAAAUUAAUAAAAAAAUACAUCAAAAAUAAUUGCAUUAAAGAGAUUAAAGUAAAAAAAAGAAAAAAGGAAUUGAGGUUAAUAACGUUAAAGAGGCAGAAGGUGAAUGUCUAGUCCAAGAUGAGAAGAUAUAGAAUCACCAAAAGAGAAAUAAGAUAAAUCUGUGAGGAUGAGUCAGGGUUAAAAAAACGGCCCAAGGCCAAGAUAUGACUGGCAGCCGACACAAUGAUCGUGGCCAGGGUGUGCCAAGUUGCGGUAGUGUGAAUGAUGGUGCGACCAUUUCAGCCACCAAUGCACCACGAGAAAAACAUACAGUCCAUUGGUUCCGAAAAGGAUUGCGACUUCAUGAUAAUCCCUCACUCAGAGCUGGUCUUAAUGGUGCCACCACCUUUCGAUGCGUGUUUGUCAUUGAUCCGUGGUCAGCUGGAAGCAAAAGUGUCGGCAUCAACAAGUGGAGGUUUCUUCUUCAUUGUCUGGAAGACCUUGAUGCUUCUUUGAGAAAACUCAACUCCAGAUUGUUUGUAAUAAGGGGUCAGCCUGCUGAUGUGUUGCCUAAAAUUUUCCGAGAAUGGGGAACUACCAACCUUACUUUCGAAGAAGACCCAGAACCCUUUGGAAGAGCUAGAGAUCAUAAUAUCAUCACCCUCUGCAAAGAAUUAGGAAUGUCUGUGGUUCAGAUGGCUUCCCACACUCUUUACAAAUUAGAUGAAAUUCUCGAUAGAAAUGGAGGCAAACCACCUUUAACAUACCACCAAUUUCAAAACAUUAUUGCUGGAAUGGACCCACCUGAUCUUCCAGUUUCCACAGUAACAGCUGAAUGCAUCGGCAAUGCUUAUACUCCUUUAAGGGAUGAUCAUGAUGAUCUUUAUGGUGUACCUACGCUCGAGGAACUUGGCUUUGACACGGAGGGACUUCAACCGUCUGUCUGGGUUGGAGGUGAAAGUGAAGCUUUAGCACGACUGGAACGCCAUUUAGGACGUAAAGCAUGGGUUGCAAGCUUUGGUCGACCCAAAAUGACUCCGCAAUCCCUUUUACCAAGUCAAACAAGUCUUUCGCCUUACCUUCGUUUUGGUUGUCUUAGCACACGUCUUUUCUACUACCAACUUCGUGAUCUAUAUAAGAAGAUCAAAAAAGCUACACCACCACUCUCUCUUCAUGGCCAAUUACUUUGGCGAGAAUUUUUUUACUGUGCUGCAACGAAAAACCCUAAUUUUGAUCGAAUGCAAGGUAAUCCGAUCUGUCUGCAGAUUCCUUGGGAUAAAAAUGGUGAAGCUUUAGCUAAGUGGGCAAACGGUCAAACUGGAUUUCCAUGGAUUGACGCAAUAAUGACCCAGUUACGUGAGGAGGGUUGGAUUCAUCAUUUAGCUCGUCAUGCAGUAGCUUGCUUUUUAACGAGGGGUGAUCUUUGGAUUUCAUGGGAAGAAGGAAUGAAGGUAUUUGAUGAACUUCUACUUGAUGCUGACUGGUCUGUCAAUGCUGGUAUGUGGAUGUGGCUGUCAUGUAGUUCAUUUUUUCAACAAUUCUUCCACUGCUAUUGUCCAGUUCGUUUUGGAAGAAAAGCUGAUCCGAAUGGCGAUUACAUCAGACGAUACCUACCAGUGUUGAAGAACUUUCCAACUCGAUACAUACACGAGCCAUGGGUGGCGCCUCUGGGCAUUCAACGUUCAGCAAAAUGUAUCAUCGGACGUGACUACUCAUUGCCGAUGGUAAACCAUAGUAAAAGCUCAAGAAUAAACAUCGAGAGGAUGAAGCAGGUUUAUCAACAGCUCAGCAAGUACCGUGGCAACGGAGUUAUCGCCAAUGGAGAAACGAUAGGUUUGAUGAGGAUCAUCGGACACACGUCAAAGAUUUGUGAUGAUAAUGAAAAUGAAGAGAAGAAGAAAAAGGAUGGUUCAUCCCCUCUACCAAGUGAGCAAAAGAUGAUUGCAGACAGUGGCUUCGACACAUCAGCAUCUACACCAAAAUAAAAAAUAAAUGAAGAUAAAAAUGUUUUCGAUUAAAUUCGAAUGGAUUGGGUUACAUUUUAUUCUCAUCGUUAAAUUUAAUAUACAAUAAUAUAUCAAAAGAAAUUUGUAGAGAGCCUCUCGACAGCCAUUGGAAUAUUAUUUCUUUUUCUUUCUUUUUUUUUCGACAAGCAAAAGCUUUUAUAAAGACUAGAGUUGAACCACAAAUUAAAUUAGUGGUCGUUACUUUUAUAAGAUUAAUAUUAAUUAUAAACUUCUGUUAUAAUUUUAUGGAGUCGCGUGA